ACCAGACUCGAGGCCCCUCUGCGUCGUUGGCCAGACUCGAAGACCGUAAAAACGCCGCCCCCUUGCUACCGAAGAGAUCGGCCCUCCUUUCCACCCUAGCGCUCUCUGUUCCCCUCUACGCCUCCUCCUCGUCGCCUCGUCGCCUCGCUGCCGGUGCCGCCGUUAGGGCUCUCUGCUACUUCACCACUGCGCCGCGCCUCUACCGGGCUGCGACUUCAGGAGUCCAAGAGUCCUCACCCUCAUCUCCCCGGGCGCUCGAUUCGACCGAAGCGGAAGCGGGAGGAGGGGUACGAGUUUCCCGGUCUGCGCCGUAUUCAUUAUUCCAGGCAUUUUGGCUGGUUCAACGCGAGUGCAAAUGAUGUGAGUGGGAGAUGAAGUAACAGGUUGGAUACCUUGUUUGUGUUAGUUCUUGAUAUUUAACCGGCGAUGAGUGGAACGGUUUGUUAUGCAGUUCCAAGGAGGUUUCUUAAGAACUUUUGGAAUUUAAUUUUGUCCACACUGAUAAAAUUCCACAAGGACUAAUGUCCUUAGAAUCAAUUUCCAGAAAAGGCUUGGUCAAUGUGCUGACAUGGAUAUGUUCUAGAAUUAAACAUCAUAAAUUUGUAGGAUUUUUUAUAUCCACAUGGAAAUUUGACGAAUCUUGAGAUAAUGGAAUUCCAUGGGCUUUUGUGCUUGCUUAAUAAACUAUAAGAUUAUUGUCUUUGAUAUCUCAAAGAAAACCAGGGUGCAAUGGGUGGGAGUGUUAUACCAUUUAUUGGACAUGUAAGGCUUACAGAUCUCGUAGCCUCUGAAGGACUUCCAUCAGAUUCUUACAAGAUCUCAGUAUCAACUCUUGCACAAUCCCUUGCUCAAUAUUCUGCUGCUGUCAUUGAGUUUCCUCCUGGAGAUAGUGCUCUUCUCAGAUCUGGUCUAGAAUCUGCUCGUUUGUUUUUUUAUCAGCAUGAAUAUACUCCUACUGAUAUAGCUCACACGAAGAAAACCAGGGAAUGGUGCAAGACAUCUGGUUAUUAUGCUGAUCCUAUAUUGUGGCAAGAAACAUAUGAUUAUAGACCUGGACUUACUCCAGUAGAGACACAUGGUGCAAUGGAACUUACUCCAGGUGGCUUGCCUGACAUAUUUGCAAUACUUGGCAAGGCUGCCAGAGAUAUCUUGCAUGCAAUCAACUUUUCAUUAAACUUGCGUAGCUUUUCAUUUACAGAAGUACUUGAUAACAUGCCAUUGAGGAAUGGAGAAAUUUCCUCCUCAGUUCUUUCAGUAUGCUGUCACUCGAGACCAUCAUUUCAAGCAGCACAACACCAUGCUAUGACAGGCCUGGAAGGUGGACAGAUGGUCAUAUCCCCAGACCAUGAUAUUGACAAGGCAUUAAUCACUCUUGUCAAAUCAGAUAGAGCAGGAAUGCAUAUAAAAGAUAUCCAUGGGCGUUGGAUACUUGUGGAUGGUGAUCUUGGUCCUCAAGAUGCAGUUGUUUAUCCUGGACUAGCACUUUACCAGGCAACUGCUGGUUAUGUGAAGCCUGCUGUGCAUAGGAUGGAUAUAGUUAAUUCACAUGCUCACAUAGAUGGAAGAAGUUCAGUGAUUUUCAAGCUUAUGCCCAGAUCAAUGGCAAGUCUGAGCUGCUCUGAGAUGAGAGCAGCUGGGUAUGGAGUCGAAGCACAAUUCCAGAUUCCUAUAUCGGUGGAUGAAUUUAUGCGGAGACCACACUCUACUGAUCUUUUUGCAGCAACUCUGAAGCCUGAUAUAAAGAGGGAGAGAGGAAAGAAAGGGCACAAGUCUUUGCCCCCUUCUAAGAAACUACGUCUAGAGGCACAGAGGGUUCUUAAAGAACGUGUUCAAGCAAUUGCCGAAAAGAAAGGAGUUAAACUCAGAUUUUGCAAUGUCAAGGAAUGUGAACGCCACAUGAUAUCGCCAGAUAGCCCGUGUGGGAAGAUAAGGAUGGAGAUAGGAUGGCCUGCAGGGGUUCCAUUUGUUCAUCCACAUGACCUUCCUAACAAGGCAAAGCUUGGAUUCCUUGAAGCUUAUGAACCUGGUUGGUCCUCACUUCAGCAAGAUAUACAGUUAAGUUUAUUGAAGCUGGACAGACCAGUUGACAGGAUUUAAUCUUCAUGACUUUGAGCAUGUGGUCAUGCGCUGUCAUCUUGUGGAAUCACAAGCUCUGCGUAACAUGGUCCCAAUCACAGCACCUGCAGGUUUCUGAAUCUAUACCUAAGUUGUUCUAUCAGCAGGUAUUGCAAACAUCAUUCUUCAGUUCCAAGAUCCCUACAGGUAUGGGGUAACUAGACCGUAGUAGGUUUUUCGUCUGUGGUGUCACUUCUUCCUGCAAUCAAUUAUGCUUGAUUUUCCAUAUAACUUAGAAUGGGGAGAUAAAGGUGCCACCAAAGAUGUCAAGUUGUAGCUAUGUAGAGAAAAUUCUAUCCUCUCCUCUUGCAAUCAAUGCAACUUUUGAGAAAAGCUCUCGUCCUGAUGGGUAACUAUAAUAAAGGCAAAAAAUCAAAAAGGUGCUCUUUAUUUUCGUUAUCAUUUACGCCCCAUGUUAAAAAAAAUUAAAAGAAUAUCCAUCCUAUUUUUGGCUAAAGCUACACUAAACGGUUUUAGUCAAUUGCUCUAUCUUGUAGCAGGGUUGAUUAAAAUUCUUUCAUGUUGUAGUACUUUUUAGCCAAAAUUACUGCAAAUGUAGCUGUUUCUGCAAAAUUGUUCCAAUAGUAUUUGACCAAUUUUAACUAAGUUGGACUAGUUUUGAAGACGUUGGAGGAGUUUUAACCAAUAUUGAAUUUAUUGAAUAUUAAUUUUGAGGAUGUUUUACUAGCUUUGAUCAAAAUUGCUACAGCAGUACUUGAACAAAAGUAUUUGGGGAAUGAAAAGGGUGACCAUUUAAUAUAUUUUUUUAAACAUGGGGUGCCUUUUUAUGAUAACAAAAAUAAGGGCGCUCUUUGAUUUUUACCUAUCACAUGAGCUAUUUGGUAACGUUCAUGGUUUACUGUAUAGAGAUUCUGUCAAAAACAUGUACAAGCUUUUGCUUCAAAAAAGGAUGAAAGGUUAAAAAUUCUGCCACAACUUGUGGAAAACACAUGGGAGUUCUGGAUAUUGCAAACUACAAGUUGUAGGCAGCAAUUAUGACCAAACUGUUAUCAUUAUAAGUCAAAUUGAAUGUCAGUGUCUUUUUAGUAUUUUCUCCAAUUCUGUGGGAUUUAGAACUUGUAAUACUUUUAUUUUAUUCUUAACUUUGUUUUCUUAGCUGUGAUAAAAGAAUACAUAUAAUAUAGUAGAACUAAGAUAAAAUCUUGGUGCU